AUGCGCAGCAUGGGGGAUCAGAAAGAACCGACGAUGGUGCACAGAUCCACUUCUUUUAGUAUUAAGAGUCUGCUGCUGCCCUCGAAAAGUGACAAGCCAGAGCCUGACAUCUCAGAGAAAACCCCUCUUCUUUCGGGGUCAGACUCAGAAAAAUCUGUGGAACCGACCGAAAUGGAGUCUCCGCCGUCGGAACUGGAGAAAUCUAAAGAGGAGGAAGGUCAAGCGCAGCGCACCACCGAGACAGGCAAGAAUGGAAAAUUUGACAAGCCGCCGUUCAGCUACAACGCUUUGAUCAUGAUGGCAAUUAGGCAGAGCCCCGAAAAACGACUCACAUUAAAUGGAAUCUACGAGUUCAUCAUGAAAAACUUCCCUUAUUACCGGGAACACAAACAAGGUUGGCAAAACUCUAUUCGACACAAUCUGAGUCUGAACAAGUGUUUCGUUAAAGUGCCAAGGCAUUACGACGACCCGGGAAAAGGGAACUACUGGAUGUUGGAUCCCUCUAGUGAUGAUGUUUUUAUUGGGGGGACCACGGGGAAACUCCGGCGGCGCUCGGCUACCUCAAGGGGUAAACUUGCAAUGAAGAGAGGACUUCGUUUCGCACCACUCGGCUUGGGAAUAAAUGACAGAGCGAACAACCCUUUGUACUGGCAAAUAUCUCCAUUUCUAUCUUUGCACCCACCGCACUAUAACGGAUCGUCCCCUGGUUUUAUCAACCAAUCACACGCGUAUAGCUCCUUGGGGCUGCCAGGAGUUGACCAGCUUGGUAACGGCGACCUUUCACGGCCAAUCCUUGGAGGCUCAUCUGGACCAUUGGGCAUAGCGAAUAGCUAUGGCAUGAACUCGUCGCCUGUGGGUUUGCUUUCCGGACAGAGCGGUUACUUUGUCUCCGGGAGUCAGCAUCCGUCGUCACUCCAACAGAGCACGUCAGGGUAUCAUGGGGUACCCGCCACCUCCCCGCCGACUCUCUUGUCGGAGUCGCUCAGAACAUCUUUGCCGUCCUUCAGUCCGGGCGUUUCGAGCGGCUUCCCCGGAGUCCUGUCCCACCAGAAAAGAGUCGCGCCUAGCUCCUUUUUGAACUGAUGAAAAUGUGAUUUCAGGAUGUAAAAGGGAUGUGUAAAAAUCGACAUAGACUUUUGUGAAUGCAUAUCCUGCAAAAAA